GCGUGGGGGCGACAGCCAAUGGGAGGGCACGAUAUUGCGGCUGGCCGGCCGUAACCGGAGGGAUGGUUUCCCGUUCCCCCCCGAGCCGGCCGUGCCUUGCCGAGGCCUGCGGCUUUAAGAAGGCGUCGCUGGGAGCCGCGGCGCAGAGGAAGAAGGGGAGCCCCAGGCUGGAGCUGCCGGAGGAGCAGCAGCGGGAGAUCCGCAGCGCCUUCGAGCUCUUCGAUGCCGACGGCAGCGGCAGCAUCGAUGUCAAGGAGCUGAAGGUAGCCAUGAGGGCCCUGGGGUUUGAACCUAAGAAAGAAGAGAUCAAGAAAAUUAUCUCAGACAUCGAUAAGGAAGGGACAGGAAAAAUCAGCUUCAGUGACUUCCUGGCAGCAAUGUCACAGAGAAUGGCUGAAAAAGAUUCCAAGGAGGAGAUUCUCAAAGCUUUCAAACUCUUUGAUGAUGAUGAAACUGGAAAAAUCUCUUUCCAAAACCUCAAACGUGUGGCCAAAGUGCUGGGGGAGAACGUCACUGAUGAGGAGCUGCAGGAGAUGAUUGAUGAGGCAGAUCGGGAUGGGGAUGGGCAAGUGAGCGAGAAGGAAUUCCUGAGGAUCAUGAAGAAGACUGGCCUUUACUGAAGCUCAGUGGAUUUAUUCCUUGGCACUUGGGUACAUUCCUUAGGGAAUGAGAGCCUCACUUUUGUAGUGUCUUGAGUUCUUUGGAGGCAGCAGAAAAUACAGGUCAGUUCUGUUAGAAGGUUUUGGUGUUGAAUAUUUUUGUUUAGAAGUUCUAAAGGUAUUUGGGAGCAGUUUGCACCACUGUUUUCAGGCAGCAAUGUGGUUGCUGGUUAUGAUGUUUACACUGCUUUAAAUACACAAAUCACAUUUUUGGGACCAAAUUCAGAUCCUUUUCUGACUAAAAAAUGGGUCCAAACUAUUCCAGUUGACUCCAAACCAGACAGUGUCAAUCUAUUGCUCAGUGUAAAUCUAUUUUGGGUUUAUGUCUUGGUUUGGGCCCUACAGUGAACUCUUUCUAUGACAUAUUUGCAGGAUCCACCUUUUCAGAACCUGUUUUAUGGGAUUAUUCUAUUCCCCCUUCUCUAGGGCAUUCUUUAAACUCAAACUAAAAUAAACUGCUGCAAUUUACCUUGUGUUCAGUUCACAUGGCUAAGGAAAUUUUUGCAGAAGGAUAGUCCCAGUGAUGCUGCUGAGGGCUCUGUGCUUGCAGGAACGCUCAGAGGCUGCAGAUGGGAUUGGAUUUCAAAUAAAAUCUUAUUUUAAGCCA